UUUUUUCUUUUUUUUCAGUUUUUUUGGUUAACUCCGGUUUUCACAGACCCUCAACUCCACAUGGGACAGUCACUCGACCGGAUGCAGGGCAUUGCGGCCGACCGCGCUGGUCUGAUGGUGAAGGUGCACCAAAUGACAUGGGACCGGCUCACCCAGCAGAUCGCCGACAUCAACGUACUCUGCCUGGCAUACGCGUCACGGGCAGGUUUGCAGCACUCGGUCCAGUUUGAUGUUGGCAAGACCCAUGAAGAGGCAAUGCACGAAUACUCCAAGCUAUGGCGCUCGUUCUUACGCAUUCGUUGUCGACGGGUCGCCACAGAUACCAUGCAAGCCGAGGACGUCAAACUACUUUCGCUGAAAACAUUCUGUCGGCUUGCCCAAAUUAUCGAACAACAAUGCGCUGAAAACGUUGGUCGUCGCUCAAGUAGUCCAAGGCAGCCCCAUGGAAUAGAUGCGCUACAUACCCGCGCGGAUGCAUCGCACACAUCACCGCAGUCGCUUAAUGCAGACGCUUUCUUUGUGGUGAUUUCGCUGGAUACGCCGGAGGGGCGAGAUUGGUCCUGUUCUGUUUGUGCCAAGGAGGACUUUUGCGAUCGGUCUCACCCUUCAUCAUUUGUCACAAAAAAUACCCUGUAUCCAUUGUGUGACAGGCCCUCGAUGGUGGCGGCAAGUUUGGAUCCAAGCGAGUUUGUUCCGGUGGAUGACCUCGAUGACUGCAUCGUUUGCUUCGAAACUCGAGUCGACGAGGUGAUGCCGUGCGCCCAUGCAUAUUGUCACUCGUGUGUAGAAAAGUUAAUGAUUUGGACGCGCACAUGUCCCCUUUGUCGCACCCCAUUAGUUGAGGCGGACGGAUUUCAGCUCGUCGACGGCCCGACAGAUCUAGAACUUGGCUCCUUCAUUCUGGACGCUGCGGAAGCCAUUUAAUGUAGCAGCAUGUGGUGUGCAAUUUGUUCAUAGUACUAUGGUUAUUGAAUGGACUUUUCUACGUGGAUACAACAGUCAGUAUAUACGUAGGAAUCGAGAGCAACGCUGUUUUUUCCGCCAUGGUCGCCGCCGUCAUUUUGGUUUUCCGAGGAUAGCAGCAGAGUUUGUUCGGUUUGUGGGUAUCGUCGGGAACUACAUCACUGGCGCUGAUUGGGCACCGGCGUAUCAAAGGUUUGCGAGCAACCGGACAACCUGGAACAAGUUGGUGUACAUCCCGCUGGCCUGGCUGGAAGGCCACAAGUGGGACCAACCAGACAUCUGCGGGAACCACACCGUUGACGCAAAGGCUUGCCAUGAAGCAUUCUAUUGGAAGGGACUGAGUGAUCCUGUGUUUACAAGUUUCGACCAGUUGAGUUGAGUUGCUUUGCACCUGGAGUUCAUGUGUGUUUGUGUCGCGGCAAUUUGUGCUUUUCAUGUCAUAAAUUUCGCUGCUCUUUUUGUGGGUUGUGAUGUCGAAGAUGUCCCCUGCUUGCAUGUCAAGAAAAAAUAAAGUCAUUCUCGAG